GAAUGGCGCAUUACCUUCACAUUUUCAUGCUCAUGCAUAUGCCUGCUUCUCUACCUUUUAUGUAUCUCUCUCCUUGUGUUCUCCCAUCAAAGCUCAAGCACAUUUCUCUGAUCACCAACAUUAUCAUCAUGAAUGGAUCUCACAUCUAUGCGAAUGGUUCAGGAGAAGAAAAUUAUGCUGAUUUCUUCGUCCCGGUUUAUUCAUCUUCUGAGGUGCUUGAAAAACUAAAUUGGAGGAAAAGAACAGAGGAACAGAAGCCAUAUAAAGCGAUGUAUUCCAGUUGGAUCGGUGGAAUCACUCUUGAUCAAGCUUUGAUGGUUAUUCCAAUUGAUGAUCACAUGGUGCAUAGAGGCCAUGGUGUGUUUGACACCACUAUGAUCAUGAAUGGGUACUUGUAUGAUCUCGACUCUCAUUUAGACCGAUUCCUGAAAUCGGCAUUGAAUGCCAAGAUUUUCCCUCCAUACCCACCCAAAACUCUGCGAAACAUCCUUGUCCAACUUGUAGCAGCAUCCAAGUGCAAGAAAGGCUCCAUCAGAUUCUGGCUCAGUGCUGGCCCUGGUAAUUUCCUGUUAACAUUCACAGGCAUUGCAAAACCAAUAUUUUAUGCAGUGGUUAUCGAACAAAACCUUCAUCAACUAAGUGAAGGAGUGAAGAUCAUAACAUCCACUGUGCCGAUAAAACCUUCAAAAUUUGCCACCAUGAAGAAUGUGAAUUAUCUUCCCAAUGUUUUCGCGAAAAUGGAAGCUGAAGAGGAAGGUGUGUAUUCCUCCAUUUGGAUCGACGAGAAGGGGUAUGUUGCAGAAGGUCCAAAUGCGAACGUUGCAUUCAUUAGCAACAAUAAGGAGCUUGUGUUCCCUUUGUCUGAUAAGAUACUUGAAGGUUGCACUUCAAAGAGGCUUCAGUUGUUGGCUCAAAAAUUAGUCGAAAAGGGAGUACUGAAGAGUGUUUGCUCCAGGCAUAUCACACUGAAAGAAGCCAAGAAUUCAGCUGAGAUGAUGUAUGUCAGUAGCUUACUUCCUAUUCUGCCAAUAAUUGAAUGGGAUAAACAAUGCAUUGGAGAUGGAAUGGUUGGAGAAUUGACGAUGAUUCUUUCUGAUUUAAUGUGGGAAGAUAUAAAUUCAGGGCCAGAAGCAAGGAGGAUUUGUGUUCCAUAUAAUCUAGGGGAGUAAUAUUGUUAAGAAGAUCUGAAUGUUUGGCUUUCAUUUUGGAAGGAUUAGGACUUCAGAGUUUAAUAGAAGAUGUAUUGAGGUUAUGGUUCAGUUCUUUUACUGUAUUUCCUCACAUGUUUC